GCCACCUUGAGAAAAUAUCAUGGUCGCACUCAACUUAUACAAAUCUAUUAGAUCACGCCCAAGUUCCCCAGACACCAGACCGAGCACUCAUGCCCUCUCUAGGGGCGGCUCAGAACCCACCAAAUACCGCUUUAAGCACACAAAUUCAGCACCAUCACCUUCACCUUCCUUGUCAGCUAUUGAACCAUCAGCUGGAUCAGGAGAAUCCACUUACAUUGCAAUGGUUUCAUCCCGUUUAUUAGAUGGGGUAAAUAAAAUAUUCAUGUCCUCAAACACUUCACUUUCAGGUCCAUCAGACGGGGUACCAUAUAAAAAUAGAAGAUCACCUAAGAAAGCAAAUGUUUAUGCGCUUGCUAAUCAAAUAGUACAAGAAUUAGAAGUUGCUAAACAUGACGUAUACCUCUUAAGAGCAGUUGCUAGACAAGUACAUCGUUACUUAAGCGUAUUUUCAUCUCAAUUAGAUCCACUUCUUGCUAUGGUUUGUGCUGAUCCAGCGUUUAUAAACGUCUGUAAUCCAAAUCACUCACCUACACAAUCUCAAACAGCGAACCUUAACAAUCCACAGUCAAAUAAUACACGGAAUAGUCCAUCACCACCUCCACCUACACCUUUACCAAUGCUACCUCCACAACAAACCAUCAACAAUGCUCAGCAAUUUGCAUUCGAGUUGGCUCACACAGCUUGGAUUAUUAAAAACACUAUAAUUGGUGCAUUUGAAGAUGGUAUUAUACCUUUAUUAGCAAAGGAUUUAAUUAAAGAUGGCUUAGAGAAGCUCGAUGGACACGUUAUUAGAGUUGUUAACCCAACAAUAAAAUCCCUUCGCUCCUAUCUUGGUUUUAUUGCUUCGGCUUUACGUGAAUCUUAUCCAGAGAGUAAUACAAUUACUCGUAAGAAUGGCAUCGAUUUCAAUCCGCUUCCUCAGCACCUUAAAGCCCUUUCUAAGGGUAUGGAUGCAGCCAAAAAGAUAUUGAUCAAAAUGGUAGGACCUUGUAAACCUGAAGGUGAAGCUUGGGUUGCAAGAAUAACAGUACACUUAAUUUGGUCAGCUAUGUUAGCCUUUAGUGUAAAAAAACCGAUCAAUAUACAAUUAAAUGGCAAGCAAGUUAAGAAAUCAGCGACACCUUCAUCUGAUGGUACAGCAAAAUCAAGAAAUGGUUCUCCUACACCAAUUCAUUCAGCUAUAGGAAGAGUUGCCGCUGUAUCUAAACCACGUACGCCAAGUCCAGAUGCAAACCUUCAUGAAGCUAUUGAUCAUGGUAACAGUAUAAUCGUAGCUGAAAUGGAAGUGUUUACAAGGUUAAUAGAGAAGUUUGUAGACGGUUUAAUUGACCUUAGUGAAGUUGAAGCAGAUGGCGAACUUGAGCCAAAUUCUAUUGCACUUGCGAGGAGUGCGCUCAAGGAAUCGAUCGAGAGUUUGAAAUCAAUGAAAUCAUUCACAAUGGAACUUACUGAUAAGUCUAAUUUACCAGAGAAAUUAGAUUUGCCUAUCGAGUUACCAAAAGUACUAGCAUUGCACUUGUUGAUAGUCAGAAAAGCAGGUCUACCUAAAACGCCGGACAGAAUAUGGAAGUGGAGUUGGGAUGCCUAUGCGGAUGGUAUCGGAGGAUUCGGUGGUGCUAUUAGAUGGCAAUCAGCUGUCUUUAAAGUAGUUGAAGCGGCUAUCGUCAAUGAAGAACGUAACAGCGAUAAUGAUUGCUGGAAUAGGCUGAUAUUUGAUUUAAUACGUUGUGAUUGACUAUCUAUUUUAAUACAUUCCUUUUAUUUCUUUGUUUCA